AAGUUUCCGUCCUUUCUAUAGGCAAAAUAUAUUUGUUAAUGAAAAACCUAUUCAUUGAUAUAUCCACUAAACUAAAUUAAAAACUAUUUCAACUGAUUGAAUAUUAUGUGUUAUAUUUUAUAAUUUUACUUAAUCAAACGCAUUAUGAUACCUCAAAACACGUUAAAUAUGAACGAAAGAAGUUAUAUUUUGGAAAAUAGGUCAAAUUUAGUAGAGGAAAGGGGUAGUAGUAUUGAUUCCAAUGAAAAUGCUUUUGAUGAUAUGAAGCAGUUAAUAAAUGAAAACGAAAAUGAAAAUAGAUCAACCUUGCCGUGGGCUAGCUUUAAUUUUAUUAAUUCAAUCAUAGGUAGCGGGGUUAUAGGUAUACCGUAUGCUUUUCACGAGGCUGGAUUUGGGUUUGGGUUAUUUUUACUCAUAUUUGUUGCCUACGUAACGGAUUAUUCUUUAAUUUUAAUGGUCAGAAGUGGCCACAUUUCCGGCAGAUUUUCAUACCAGGGAAUCAUGGAAGCUGCCUUUGGUAGACCUGGGUAUAUUCUAUUGGGAUGUCUGCAAUUUUUUUACCCAUUUAUCGCAAUGGUUUCUUACAAUGUUGUGGUAGGAGAUACAGUGACAAAAGUUAUAGUACGAUUGACGGGAAUUGAUGAUACCAGCAUUUUUUCCAAAAGAGAAGUUAUAGUGUUAAUCGCAACAUUUCUGAUAACCAUACCGUUAUGUUUAUAUAGAGACAUUUCAAAAUUGGCCAAAAUAUCUUUUAUAAGUUUGGUGUGCAUUGGUUUUAUUUUACUAUCCAUAUUCAUGAGGAUUGGCACCAUGAGUGAUUUGGUACCCAAACACCCAGACUCUUGGAGAUUUUUCAACACAGAUAUUAUACCUGCGAUUGGCAUAAUGGCCUUUGCAUUUAUGUGUCACCACAAUACGUUCUUAAUUUACGGUUCUAUGACAAAUGCCACGGAAAAAAAUUGGGAGGUGGUAACUCAUGCAUCAAUAUUUACUAGCCUCAUUGUAUCUUGUUUGUUCGGAAUUGCUGGCUAUUCCACUUUUAAAGCCUAUUCCCAAGGCGAUCUUUUGGAGAAUUACUGCUGGGAUGAUGACGUCAUGAAUGUCAGCAGAAUUUUGUUCAGCGUGCAAAUUUUGCUGACCUACCCCAUCGAAUGUUUUGUUACAAGAGAGGUCAUUGAAAAUUCCCUGAUAAAAACCGAAGCCAACGUCCCUAUUUCGGAAAAAACGCAUUAUUUAAUCACGUUGGCCAUAGUUGGAACAACCUACAUCAUUUCCAUUGCCACCGAUUGCUUGGGAAUGGUACUGGAACUUAACGGCGUUUUAGCCGCAGUUCCGCUUGCUUACAUCCUACCUGCUUUGAGUUACUUGCAACUCGAAGAAGGUUACAUUUUGUCGAAAAGAAAAGUCCCGGCGCUUUGCGUCGUAAUAUUUGGCAUGACCGUCGCCAUUUUGGGCGUGCUGUUUUUAAUUUGGGAUUUCAACGAAAUUGAUACUUGCUCGCAUGGUAAAGUUAUGUCGUAUUGCGUUAAAUCAUCCAAUGUUACCGUAAACGGUACCGACUUAACAAAGCAUUAAACGUGAUAAAAAUACAAAUUGUUUUGCGUUAUAAUUUUAAGGCCUACUAUAAGAAUGAUUAUUUCCGAAAAAUUAUUGAGAUGAAUUUGACAUAAGUAUUACAAAAAUAUAUUUAAUGUUACAAGUAUUAUUAUAAUAGGAAAAAAUCAAUUUAAAAGUAGUUUAAAUAGUAUUAACUAAAUAAAUAUAAAAUAUAAAUUCACUAUAAAAGUAAUAAACAAUCAAAAGCUGAAGCUUAUAACUAUAUUAAUAAUAAAAAAAUAUACUAAAAAACAUUAUUUUGUAUACUAAAAUUAAAUACUUAACUAAAGAACCAAACUGUUCAAUUAUUGCUAAAUUCUAAUAAAUAUUAUGUUGCUAUUGCAUAUCGUCGUUUAUCUGACAAAGAGGCGUAACUCAAAAAAAUUCGUUUUUGAGUUAUACCAGAAUGAUCACCAAAAUCGACUUUAUAGUCUCACAAACUGGCGUAGCUCUAUAAUAAAUAGGUACAAAUAAAGUUUUAGCAUAAAGCAGUUUCGGCGUAACUAAUAUUUUUGCAUUUUAUGUGCCGUACAAACUGGCGUAAUUCAAUUGACACCGUUUUGU